AUGCCAAAUCAAGUUCUUAUUUCGAUUAAACAACGAUGGCGUUUAAUAGCUCUUAUACUCAUACCGUUAAUUCUUCUUCCAUUGCCUAUUAUUAUUAAAAAUUCACAAGCAAGAUGUGGUUAUAUUGUACUUAUUCUUUCUCUGUAUUGGAUAUUUGAAGUAAUACCAUUACCAGUUACAUCUUUAUUACCACUCAUAUUUUUUCCAAUGGCUGGUGUUUUAAAGGCUGAAGAGGUGGCACCAUUGUAUUUCAGAGAUAUAAUCGCACUUUUCUUUGGUAGUCUGGCAUUUGCUCAUGCUGUAGAAUCAGUUAAUCUACAUCGACGUAUUGCACUGUUCGUAUUGCGUCAUGUUGGUACGUCGACGAAAUGGGCUUUGGGUGGUUUGAUGGCAGUAACGGCAUUUCUUUCUAUGUGGAUUAAUAAUUCAGCAGCAGCAUCAAUUAUGUUACCUGUAUCAUUAGCUAUUAUUAAUGAACUUGAACGUCACGGAAAAGAUUAUUCUGAUAAAAAGCGAAUCAUCAAACAAACAACGUCCAUUGUACAUGAAGUCCUUGAAUUAAAUGAAACGGAAAUACAAAAUGGAGAUACAAUAAAAGAAGUUAUUCUCGAUGCAUCUCAAAUAGAAGAACAAAAAACCGAAGUUUAUGUUGAAGUAAAACAACGUUUUCGACUACCAUGGCAAAGACAAGCACAAUCGAAAGUUGAUGAAUCACAUGAAAAAAAAUAUGAAGACUUAAGAAAAGGUUUUCUUCUUGCUACAGCUUAUUCAGCAACUAUUGGCGGUUUAGCAAGUCUUGUUGGUACAGGACCAAAUAUUUUUGUCAAAGGUUUUGUCGACAGAUUAUUUAAAUGUCGAACUGGUCCUGAGGAUCGUGAAGCGCUAGCUGAUUUAAAAGCCAUGUUAAUUAGACAAUAUAGGGAUCUGGGAAAACCAAAGUGGAGUGAAUAUACUGUUGGAAUUAUUUUUAUUAUUAUGAUUAUUUUAUGGGUGACCAGAGAAUUUGGUGAAACACACGGAUGGAAUAUUCUAUUCAAAGAAGACUAUACAAGUGAUAGUACAGUUGCAGUAUUUUGUGGUUUACUUCCAUUAAUAUUACCUAAUUCGAAUCCUUUUCAAAGAAAUUGGAAAUACGAACCAAUUGUCCAAUGGAAUGUUUUAGUAAAAAAUAUAUCAUGGGGUGUUAUAUUUCUACUUGGUGCUGGUCUUUCUGUUGCAUUAGCUUUCACUACUUCAAAAUUAUCAGACAGUGUUGCACAAGCACUUCGAUUUUUAGAUGGCAUACCACGUGCUGCUGUUAUUGUCUUAGUUAUUGUUAUUAGUGGUCUUUUUACUGAAGUAACAUCAAAUUUAAGUACAUCAAGUAUUUUUUUGCCCGUACUUGAUUCUGUGGCACGUUCAUCUUUUAUUCACCCCGCUUUUCUUAUUCUUCCAUGUACUUUAGCUGUAUCUCUUGCUUUUAUGUUACCUAUUGCCACACCACCAAAUGCAAUUAUUUUUGGUUCUGGUUGUGUCCGAGUAAUUGAUAUGAUCAAAACUGGUAUUGUAAUGAAUAUUAUUGGUUUCCUUGUUGUAUUUCUUGCUGCAACAACUUGGAUGCCAAAAAUUUAUGGUCUUGAUGAUCGAGCAACAGAGAUUUUUUUCAGUUUUAAUAGAACUACAACUCCAGGACUGUAA